CGGGCAGCGCUGUCACUCAACCAGACGCAACGGGCGCACCCAUUGGGCGCAAACCUGUCUGGUUUCGAUAGAAAUUGCUUCCAGGUGCCUCGAGUUCCCUUUUACAUUUUAGAGAACGCUACUUACCACACUAAGAAGAAUACGCUUGUCUGGUUGGGAAAAUGGAAGCGUUGGCGAUGGAGAGGAGGAUUUCUCCCUGGAUCCUGCUGUCUCUUGUGCUGUCCGGUGUUGAUGCCAUCAAUGUGAACAUCCCGACAAAGUUAUACGAGGUUGCCAGAGGUGAUAACAUCACACUGCCGUGCAAAUUUAUUCCCAAAACCCCUGGGACUCCUCAGUUCGUCGUCAUCACAUGGUAUGGUGAAGGUGUGAACACGGACCCUGAUGAGACCCUCAUCGUCACUUAUUUUUCUGCUGGUGAUACUAUCGACGUUAAACCGCUGUAUGAAGGCCGGGUGUCCCUGGAUGUCGAUAUUAAAACAGGAAAGGCCGACCUGAAACUUUCCUCCGCCACGCUAGAUGACAACAAGGACUUUAAGUGUCAGGUCCAGAUUCCAAAAGACGAUCAGGGCAAGCCAGCCAGCACUACGCGCCUGGUCGUUCUAGUGGCUCCAUCUACACCCGUGUGUGCGAUCAAGGGAAAUGCAGAAUACGGAGAGAACGUCAACCUGACAUGUUUGUCUGCGGAAGGCUCCCCGGCACCCGUUUACACGUGGAAAAGUCUAGAUGUCCUGAACAAUCCUCGCAAACCUGACCCAAGAACCACCGAUCAGGGAGGCAUCAUGUCUCUAUACAACAUCUCCAAAGAGACAUCUGGAUACUACAUCUGCACCUCGACAAACAAGAUCCGCUCCGCUACCUGCAACAUCACCCUUGCAGUCAUGCCACCUUCCAUGAAGAUUGGCUCCACUGCAGGAAUCGUCGCCGGUGUCGCCGCCCUGUUGAUCGUAGUCAUCAUCGGCAUCUGUUGCUGCUACUGCCGCAAGAAGAAGUUGAAGAAGGAGGAGGAGGAAUACGCCAUGGGAGUUCGCGAGGAAGAGCACGGCGACCAAAAGCCGGCUAAAAAUGGUGUGACUCAGAUUGACGAUGGACAAGAGGACGACCGGGUUCAUGACGACUCCAGUCUGAGACGCCCUUUUGUAAGCACUGAGCGCCACGAGGAACGGAGUGAGCGCGACUACGACGACCGGCGCAGCGAGUACGACGACCGGCGCAGCGAGUACGACGACCGGCGCAGCGAGUACGACGAUCGCAGAAGCGACUACACCGAUCGCAGAAGCGACUACGACGACCGCCGCGACAGGCCCGGUAACCGCAAUGAGCGCUACGACGACCGCCGCUACGAUGACGAUGACCGCCGCCGCCGCUACGACGACGACCGUAAAGACCGUCGCGUCAAACAUGACGACGACCGCCAUGAUGAACGCUACGACGAUCGUGAUCUGGUCAAACCACCCGUGCCAGCCAAUAAGCCUCCGAAGAAGGACUUCCGCGACUAAAGCCCUCGACCAUCUCCUCUUUAAAGUCCAUUCACUCCAAUGACCGUUACCUCACACUCAAGCUGUCUUGCUUCUCUGAUUCUGUUGCGACAUAAUUUGUUAUAAAACUAACUAUACCAGAAUGAAGAGUGAGCCUAAACUGUUUUUCUCUAACAAUUUGGUGAGUCAAGAGGUUUGUGGGAGAAUUAGUUGAGGAAUGGUGACCACAAAGCCCAUCUGAUCUCCGUUAACUCGGUUAAGCGAUCCGGUCUACACCGUGACCAGAGACAGAUCUGUAUCUUUGUGGUCAUGCGUCAUACAAAUAACAGAAACUAGGCAAACAUUUCACACACCGCCAGAAAAAAAAAGUAGAUUUGGCGAUUCAGAGAUUAGGUGGCGUUUUAUCUUUAAACUCAAUUUGUUGGUUUUGUUCGUCUGACUUGUGUUGCUAGUGGUGUUUUUAAGAAUUCUUAUUUUAAAUGCAUAUGUUUUGGGGAACAAUAAAGAAAAGGUAUACCAUUAUAUGUAAGUCUUUGUGGGAUUGUUUGAGUUCUAUGCCCUCCUGUUACAGAAAUAUUGUGACCGUUUUUAUUGUCGUGUUUUUUUUAAUCAUUUCAUUUCUUUUGUUCCAUCAUGUAGAAACUACAGCUUCCGCUGAUUAUGUAGCUUGAUAGUCACCACUUCCUUCUUUCUUUUGUUCUUUAAAUUUGUAAAAGUACAUAACAAUUAAGACCUUGAACAUACAAAUAUAUAACCACCUUUUGCCAUGUCACUGUCAAAUCUUUUUUUAUUUGAAUUAUUUUAUAGUUUUUUGUUGAACUGGAAUUAAAAUAUACAAAUGCAAUUAUGUUAAUGUCAAUAGUUUUACAUUCUAUUGGGAUUUGUGUUAUAAAACGUUGUAUUCCAUUGCUGAA